UGAUAAACCCGGCUGCUCCUGACGGUAGUGGAAAACAGAUUUGGAGGAAGAAGUCUCCGAGUGCACUCUUCAACAGGAAUGAACUCCCUCUCAUGCCGUGUGCAUCUCAUACUCUGACUACUGGACCGUCUGUUAUUCACGGGGAUACUUCUCGCUUAAGCUGGUCUUCAAAGGGUUCUUUCACGUUUUCUUCCACUACUUUGAAUCAAACUGCUUUUUAAGAUGACCUGGACGGCGAACAGUUGUUUUGUGACUCUGGCCAUCCUGUUUCUGUGGCGGGGGGAAGAGGUAGCAGAAGCCUGCAGCUGCUCCCCAGCGCAUCCUCAGGAGGCGUUCUGCCACUCAGACGUCGUUAUGAGGGGAAAGGUAGUUGGAGUGCAGGAGGUUGAUGCUGGCAAUGACAUCUAUGGAAACCCCAUCAAGCGUAUCAAGUAUGACAUCAAACAAAUCAAGAUGUUCAAAGGUCCCAGCGAUGAUAUUGACGCCAUAUACACCGCUCCCACUUCUGCAGUGUGUGGAGUGACUCUGGAGAAAAAUGGCAAGGAGUAUCUCAUCACAGGCAAACUAAAAGAUGAUGGGACGAUGCAUAUCACACUGUGUGACUUCAUUGAGCCCUGGGACGAACUGAGUGAAACCCAGAAGAAGAGCCUGACUCAGCGCUAUGAAAUGGGCUGUGGAUGCAAGAUCACCCGCUGCACCUCCAUCCCCUGCAUGGUCAGCAGCCCAGCCGAGUGCCUGUGGACGGACUGGCUGAUUCAGAAGAAGGUCUACGGAGGGCAGGCCAAACACUUUGCUUGUAUCAAGAGGAGUGAUGACUCUUGUGCCUGGUACAGAGGGUCAGCACCGCCCAAAAAGGAGUUCAUGGACAUCGAAGACCCUUAAUUCCCCCACUGACAGAUAGUGUGAGGAUUUCUGAGAUUAACUAAAAUUCAAAUACCAAAAUACAAAUACAUACCCAAGUAAAAUUCCUAUUUAGUUUUUUCUUCUUAAAAAGCCAUUGGGUGUGUGUGCUCUAUGGUAAGGUUGUUUUCUUUCAUGUACAGGUCUUAUUCAACAGUCUUAAAAUGCAGCACUUUCAGACACUUCUACCCCUAAAUCAAAAGCACUUCCUCAUAAUCCACUUCUCCGUCAGCUGAAAUAAUUAUCAAAGGGAUUAAUCAUCACAAAUCAGUAUAAAUGUUCAUAGCAUUUUAGUUCUUCAGGAAUUAAUUUGCCAUUUUUGUAACCAAUGUUUUUGUUUAAAGUGAUCUAUAAUUCAUAGCGUACAUACAUACAUUCAAAUUAUAACAAAUAUGUGAAUUAGUGUGCUCAUAAAUAACAGUAGCUGGCAAAUGGCGCCCUGACUUGUGAGAGCAGAGCUACAUCAAGGAAGGAGAGCCACCUUUUGCCUGUCCUGGUUCAGGUCAUUUCUUAUGCAGAGUGCAGUAUAGUUCUUUCAUUUUACAGUGUGGCAAAGCUUUAUAGAGCAAGUACAAUCAGUGAUUUAGCUAAAUGUUGUCUUUAAUUAAUCCUGAAUAAAAAAGAAUGCACUGUAAACACAAUUGAUUAACAAAAACAACAGUGAUAUUGUCUCUACUGAAAAAUGUCCAAGAAGAGGAUUGAAUCCUUUAUUUUGUGUUUUUUAACAGCUUUUCUCUGUGUAAUGCUUUAGUGAACAAGCAUAUUUUAUUUAAAAAGUGUUUAUGAUUCAUCAUAUUAUGUUUGAAAAGACCCCGAUAUUUUGAUGUGACUUUUAGUAUUGUGUAAAAAGGGGAACAAACAUUUUACCAGUAUUAGCAAUCAAACACAUUUUAAUGUGCAUUCAAAUAAAAAAAUGUUGCCUCAAUGUUAACUAUGACUGGCUCAUCUUUUGGGACAUUGGGUUAAAAAACAUACGGUAACCAAACAUCCAUUUCUUUCAGAGCCUUUGUUAUGACUUUUAAAGUGUUGAGCAAAUGUCAUAGUUAAUAUGAAUGUAAAAAGAUUAUUUGUAACUGUAGUCACUAUGAUGUCUUGUGCUGGUUUCACAUAAGGCGUUUGAGAUGAUUUUUGCAUGCAUGUCCAGCUGAAACAAUGCUGUACAAUUUGACUAUUAUAUUAAAUGCCAAACCCUG